CUACAAACCGAAGGUACCCACACGAAGGAAAACUCAAACCAAACAGAUCUCUCUCUUCCAGUUCUCAACUCAAUCAUUCUUCCGCCUGUCUCUCCGAGGCGACGAAGCAACCACGAGAAGAGCUGAAGACGUACAUGACAAUGGCCCCGAUUCCGCCCGAUAACGGCGUCGCAGGCGACGACGAGAGAGAGGAUGAUGGCGAGGAGGAAGAAGAAGAGGAAGAGGAGGAAGAAGAAGAAGAGGAAGAGGAGCCGAGGCUCAAGUACCAGCGAAUGGGAGGCAGCAUUCCCACACUAUUAACGAGCGAUGUGGCGUCGUGCAUAGCCGUCGCAGAACGAAUGAUCGCGCUCGGGACUCACGGCGGCACCGUUCAUAUUCUCGAUUUUCUCGGGAAUCAGGUUAAGGAAUUCCCUGCUCAUACUGCUGCAGUGAAUGAUCUUAGCUUCGACAUAGAAGGUGAAUUUAUAGGAAGCUGUUCAGAUGAUGGGUCUGUUGUGAUAAGCAGUCUUUUCACUGAUGAGAAAAUGAGGUUUGAGUAUCAUCGCCCAAUGAAGGCUAUUGCCCUGGAUCCAGAUUAUGCAAAAAAAUCAUCUAGAAGAUUUGUAGCUGGUGGUUUAGCUGGUCAUUUGUAUUUUAAUACAAAAAGAUGGCUGGGCUUUAAAGAUCAGGUUUUGCACUCUGGUGAAGGUCCUAUACAUGCAGUGAAGUGGAGAACGAGUCUCAUUGCUUGGGCUAAUGAUGCAGGUGUGAAAGUGUACGAUACUGCAAAUGAUCAACGUAUAACAUUCAUUGAAAGGCCACGAGGAAGCCCACGUCCUGAGCUUUUGCUUCCUCACUUAUUUUGGCAGGAUGACUCAUUGUUGGUCAUUGGCUGGGGAACAUCAAUCAAAAUCACAUCGAUAAAAACAAAUCAGUCUAGAGCCACCAAUGGGACAUAUAACCAUGUCCCAUUGUCUGGUAUGAACCAAGUGGAUAUUGUGGCAUCCUUUCAGACCAGCUAUUUCAUUUCUGGGAUUGCCCCUUUUGGUGACACUUUGGUUGUUCUAGCCUAUAUCCCUGGUGAAGAAGAUGGGGAGAAGGAAUUUAGUAGCUCUGCUCCAUCACGACAGCAGGGAAAUGCAGAGAGACCAGAAGUACGUAUUGUAACAUGGAAUAAUGAUGAACUUUCAACAGAUGCCUUACCUGUACAUGGCUUUGAGCAUUACAAGGCAAAGGACUAUUCCCUUGCUCACGCACCUUUCUCAGGUAGCAGCUAUGCUGGUGGCCAGUGGGCCGAAGGUGAUGAACCACUGUACUAUAUUGUUUCCCCAAAGGAUGUAGUCAUUGCAAAACCGAGAGAUGCGGAAGAUCAUAUUGCGUGGCUUCUUCAACAUGGUUGGCAUGAAAAAGCUUUGGCUGCAGUUGAAGCGGGCCAGGGACGGAGUGAACUUCUUGAUGAGGUUGGUUCUAGAUACCUUGAUCAUUUGAUUGUGGAAAGAAAAUAUGCUGAAGCUGCAUCUUUAUGCCCUAAAUUAUUGCGAGGAUCUGCUUCAGCAUGGGAAAGAUGGGUUUUCCACUUUGCUCAUUUGCGUCAGCUUCCCGUGUUAGUCCCAUAUAUUCCAACAGAAAACCCAAGACUGCGUGAUACUGCUUAUGAGGUUGCUCUUGUAGCUCUCGCUACAAAUCCAUCUUUUCAUAAGGAGCUUGUGUCAACUGUUAAAUCUUGGCCACCCGUGAUCUACUCUUCACUGCCUGUUAUCUCAGCUAUAGAACCUCAGCUUAAUACAUCGUCCAUGACAGAUGCCCUUAAGGAGGCACUAGCAGUGUUGUAUGAGAUUGAUGGGCAGUAUGAGAAAGCAUUCGCACUAUAUGCUGAUCUUUUGAAGCCAGACAUUUUUUCCUUCAUUGAAAAGCACAAUCUGUAUGAUUCGAUUCGGGAAAAGGUUGUCCAAUUAAUGAUGCUAGAUUGCAAGCUUGCCGUUCCUUUGUUGAUCCAAAACAAGGAUUUAAUAACUCCAUCUGAAGUUGUCAACCAACUUUUGAAUGCAAGUGAUAAGUGUGAUUCCAGAUAUUUCUUGCAUGCAUACUUGCAUUCACUAUUUGAAGCAGACCCUCAUUCUGGAAAAGAAUUUCACGAUAUGCAGGUAGAGCUUUAUGCAGAAUAUGAUCCAAAGAUGCUACUUCCUUUUCUUCGCAGUAGUCAACAUUAUACCCUGGAGAAGGCAUAUGAAAUUUGUGUCGGAAGAGAUCUUUUAAAGGAGCAAGUCUUCAUUCUUGGAAGAAUGGGAAAUGCUAAACAAGCCCUUGCUGUAAUCAUAAAUAAACUUGGGGAUAUUGAAGAGGCUGUAGAAUUUGUAAAUAUGCAACAUGAUGAUGAACUCUGGGAAGAGUUAAUCCAGCAGUGUCUUCAUAAACCUGAAAUGGUAGGCAUGUUGUUGGAGCACACAGUUGGAAACCUAGAUCCUCUUUAUAUUGUGAAUAUGGUUCCCAACGGAUUGGAGAUUCCUAGGCUUAGGGAUCGGCUAGUCAAAAUCAUCACCAAUUACAGGACCGAAACAUCUCUAAGACACGGGUGCAAUGAUAUUCUUAAGGCUGAUAUCGUCAACCUCUUGGGCAAAUACUACAAAGAGGCAACGCAUGGAAUUUACUUGAGCAAUGAAGAAGAUGAGGCACGGUCAAAGAGAAAUGAUAGUAGGGCUUCUCAGGUGAUUGAGAAAUCGGUAGGUGUGAGAAGUAUGGAGGUUAAAUCAAAACCUAGGGGCGGUGCAAGGUGUUGCAUGUGUUUCGAUCCUUUUUCCAUUCAAAAUGUUAAUGUCAUUGUUUUCUUUUGCUGUCAUGCUUAUCACGUGACUUGUCUUAUGGAUUCCACCUAUACGAGUGAAAUGAAAGUCAGUGUGGCCAAUCCUAGUGAGAGAGUAGACGAUUAUGGGUAUGGUGAUAGUGAUGGUGAUGAUGAUGAUGACACCCAACCGGGUGGCUCUCGCAUGCGUUGUAUCUUAUGUACUACUGCUGCUAGUGGGGUGAAGUGAUGCAUGCGCUUGAUGUGAAUGUUUGCAGGCUAAUUAUUCUUUUGAUUCAGUUUUUUGUAUGCUCGCGCAAGUGUGAGGCUUUUAUUUAUUCUUUUGUUGUGCUCAUGGUGGUCCAUUCGUGUAUCAUAGUUGUAUGCAUAUUCUGGAAAGUGGCAUUUAUUCUUUGGCUAGCUUUUGAGGAUUGAUGCCAUCCGAGCGUGUUUCUGUAGCGCAAGUUUUGCAGGUUUGUUGAGUUGAUAUGUACCUACAUUGCGAUUGAUGGAGGUUGUUAGAGGCUGACAGAGUUUUCGGGAAGUGGAGGUUGACGGAGAAGCAAUUUUAUGUUUCGAUUUGUUGUCAUAAUUUUGAAUUUCUCCUCAUUCAAUAUUACGAUUCACAGCAUUUUAUCGAGUUGAUUAGUAAUC